GUGUAUUAGUUAGUCAUUCCUUCACAUUUAUAAUUCUAACAGGGUUUUCGAAUUUUAUUGCAUUCUUGAGACAUUAUGGUAUCAUAAAAAUAGUAAUAUCACACCUAAGAACUUCUUUCUUUUCCUUUGCUUUUUUGUUCCAAAACAAUUUUUCUAACAGUGGUAACGAGCGUCGACUGAUCUUUAUCAGCCGUUAUCGUACAGCAGAAACUCGAGCUGAUGAAUCCCGGUUUAACGUCCCUCAGUCUGGGGUUUAUGCUAUUUCCGUAUUUUGUGCUGCUCUUUCCCGAGGAAGAGGAAGAAACACAGGCCCAAACUAGCACGGGAUAAAGGCCUCAUUCUGUUUUUUUUUUUUUUUGUAAUUGGGCCUAAUUUAAGGCCCAUGUAGCCUUCCAUGAAGAGUAGAAGAUGGAAAACGCCAGGGAAAUUUCCAAUCGCUCAGAGAUCGGAGCCGCGCCGGAAACUGCCAUUACUUCAGUUUGAAGACGAAGGACUUCUAUCGGACGGAAAAGCUAGAAUUUUGUGAGGCCGGCACCUGUGAAUCGUGCUCAGAGGCUCAGUGUCUAGAGAAUUUGGGGCUAAACUUCUUUGAAAUGUGGUUAAUUUUUUACGGAUGGGUAUUUGAAUUAUGGGCUUUUGUAGGAUUUUGAUAGGAGCCAUGGAAGGGCAGCUCCCAGAUAUUAAGAAAUGGGUAGUGUUUUACCAUGUUUAUAUAAAUUCGAAGAAAACUGUAGCUGAAGGGAGACGGAUUAGCUUGAGCAAAGCAUGUGAGAAUCCUACUUGUGUUGAGAUUGGUGAUUGCUGUAAACAUCUCAAACUCCCAUCUGUUCUUGAGGUUUGUUUAUGGAUUCGUUUUGCACUUUUCUUUGAUCUUGCUUGGCAAUUAUGGCAAUUUCAUAUGGUUAGAAGAUUUAUGUUGUCCUGCCUCAUUGGUCCAUACAAGUUGUUGCAGCAAGAUCAGCUGAAGAAUCAAUCUACCCGGAAAGGUUUAGGGAAGCAAAUCUAUAUCCAUGAAUAUGCUUGAUCUGCAAACCAAAGCCAUCAUAUUCAAAACCUGAAUAUGUUCCCUGCUUGCCUACUUCAAUUCUCCUGUGUUCUCACUAAUUGUUAUCUGUUACAUUAAACCAGUAGUGCUUGUUAUCAUGACUCCUUAUGAAUUUUGCUAUGGGAGAUUGAUAAAGGCAUAUCCUCGUG